AUUUCUGCUAUAUAAAUGACCCCAAAGCCCUUCAUUGCUCCUCCAUACGACCAGCCCCUCCGUAUCGCAUUCGCUAGGCUCUUGUCUACUCGCUCGAUCAUGUCGACGCCUACUUUGACCCUUUACACUGCUCCGACCCCUAAUGGCCACAAAGUCUCCAUAGCACUUGAGGCUCUCAAAGAAUUGUACCCCGAUGGAGGACUGAGCUACGAUUUCAAAAAACUGGACUUCAGCAAAUUGGAACAGAAAGAACCAUGGUUCCUUCAAAUAAACCCGAAUGGUCGAAUUCCGGCAGUGACCCACCACCGCCCAGAUGGAUCGCACUUUAACGUUUUCGAAACAGCCGCCAUACUUCUUUAUCUCGUUCAGCGAUGGGAUCCAGAGAGAAAGAUCAGUUUUGAGAUCGGAUCGGAUGAGGAAUCUGAAGCUCUUCAGUGGAUAUUCUUUGCUCAUGGUGGUGUUGGUCCGAUGCAAGGUCAAGCGAAUCACUUCUACCGCUACGCACCCGAAAAAAUCCCCUAUGGUAUAAACCGUUACAUAACCGAAACGAAACGCCUUUAUAGCGUCCUCGAGGCCAGGUUGACCCAAGGUGAAGGUCGAGACUAUCUAGUUGGAUCUGGGAAGGGGAAGUAUUCUAUCGCUGAUAUCAACGUUUGGCCUUGGUACAAAUGGCUCAAUAGAAUUGCCAACAGUCCAGGUGUUCAGGCAGGCCUUAACGUACCUGAGAAACGCCCCGCUGUGAGUGAAUUGACGAAGGAACAACAGGAGGAACAAGCUAGGAAGGCUUCAGAGUGGAUCUUGAGGGGAAAUGGUGUUAAUCAGACCAAGUGA